AUGCCUCUGUCCGCCCUUGCUCUGGCUCAGGGAGUCGUGGAGCUUUUCGGGCACCGUGACAAUGCUGAAGGGUUCCAGUUGUUUGCCCGUCCGGUACACUCGGUGGCGGGGCGCGUGUACACUAGGCCAGAGACUGGCAUUCUGUGGGAAACUGCGCAGGCCGCCCUGGAUGAAAUGUAUGGCCCGGGCCAGGUGGUGGUACCCAUCAUCAUUUCAAGUGACGCAACCAUUCUCAGCGGGAACGAGCGUGUGAAGGUGUGGGCAGUGUACCUAAGCAUAGCCAACAUCCAUCUCCGUCUCCGUUGGGGUGAUUCGGGGAAGAUUCUGCUUGCCCUACUCCCGAUGCCAGUACAUGGGAUGACGGCGGAGCAGAAGGUGCAGCUGUUUCAAGCUGCGAUGCAGGUGGUCCUCGCGGACUUGGUUGUCGCAUCACAUACGCGCCAGAACAAUCUUCACCCUGGUGCAAGGCAGGCGGGAUUGCGUACUCCUAGCGACGCGGCGUACUGGGUCUCCGGCGCCAACUUCACGGCAUCGGAGCACGCCGGUGUCAUGAUGAUUGUACCCUUCAUGCUGGAGGGCGAAGUAGCGGUGAUCUGCAGCUGCACGAUCGUUGCCUUCCUGGACUGGCACGAGACGUUCGUGAGGGCGGCGGAGCAAACAGAUGAGAGCCUGAGUGCCUUCGACGCUGCCACAUGCAGUCUAAUGACAACCACGUGUCCCACUUGUAUCCAUGCUUUCAAGAUGGUGCAGCUAGUAGAAAGCACCUUCCCUCGCGAGCACGCCGGAUGGAACCUUGUGAAGGUGCACCUGCUGCUUCACCUCACGGAGGCGAUUCGAAGGGGUGGCCUGCCUCGAGAGUACUCUGCAGCGGUGUAUGAAAACGCACACAUCCGCACCUGCAAGAGGCCGUACCGCAGGUCCAACCACUGUGACCUGCUGCGCGCGAUUGCGCAGCACAACACCAAUGCGGCUCUUCUGACCCUCUUGCCAACCAACCUCGAGGGAGAUCGCCAGUACAACACCGCGAUGCGCCGGGCGAUCGCCACUGGCCUGCCCCAGCUGUGCCGCCAGCGAUCCCGGAUGAUCAGUGCUGUCAGUGACAGGGAGCAGGCUCCCCUGGACCUGUGCGCGACGUACGAUGCCGCGAUCCCCGGAGGCAUCGGGCCCUACGCCUACCUGACGUGUCUCUUCGGCUACGUCUCUUUUCCAGCAUGGGUCCACACGGCGCUGGCUCUGCCAGCCCGCGAGACGGACUACGGCCUGAUCAGGCCGCACUAUGUCCGCGCCAGCCCCUCGCACCAUGGCGCUCCCGCCUUCUCGUUCAUCGAGUAUGAGAACGGGAGCGGGGAGACCGUGUACGGCCGCGUGCACCUUCUCCUGACGCUGAUGAUGAACAGCGAGGAUGCACACCCCGCGGGAGAGGGCGUGGCAUUUGUGAGGCAGUGGUACCCCUCCCAGGUGGAUGAAGGCACUGGCUGCAUGAGGAUGCGGCCCUCCGACGACGAGCUGAGCUACGACCUCGUGCCAGUCAUAGUUGUGCAGAGGACCGUGCACAUGGUGGAGUCGUUUGUGACUCCUGGUCUCUGGUAUCUGAACAGGUGGGCGGCCCGCUGCCGCGAGGAGUUGACCUAA